UACAUCAAUACCGGCAGAUAAACAAGUACCAGAAACAAUAUUGAUUGACAAGCUUUCGUCCAAUCAGAUUCUUGGUUUAACUCAUUUCCGUGUUUUGGACCAAUCACUGCAGGGCAUCAAGAAGCCGUAGCCAAGUGCGGUUGAGACAUCCAUGGCUUGAACGUACGUGCUGUCCAAAAACGUCAAGGUAGCUCAGACACACCCAGACUGACAAAAGCCUUUCAAAAUAAACUGCUUUAAAGUGUUAAAACGCAAACCAGUUGGACGUGAAAACAUGUAUCUUACUUUGAAAAAUAUAAACGGACGUGGCUGUUUAGUACCGCCUGACUCGACGGUGUGGAGCUGAUCCGAGUCCAUCAGUGUGGAUGUGGACGGAUUACCCGCCGAUACAAUUGUCUCAUGUAACCUGAUGGACAUUUAUUUUUCACAUCGCGUCGCGUCCACCGGGGACAAAUGUGGACGGAGGAAGGCUGUAUGUCCGUCUCUCCGCUCGUCUGUCUCUCUGUUUUUGUGUCAACAGCACCGGGGAUGAAACAGUCGUUUUUUCCGGAGCCUCUUGCUCGCAGCUAGAUCCAGACAUCACCAUUCAACUUUCAAAAUGCGGCUCUUCACGUCUCUCCUGAAGAACACGAACCCCAAAAUCGAGUAUUACUCCAGGUUUUCCCCGUCGCCGCUCUCCAUCAAGCAGUUUUUGGAUUUUGGCAGGAACAAUGCAUGUGAGAAAACAUCCUACAUGUUCCUGCGCAAGGAGCUGCCCGUGCGACUGGCUAACACCAUGAGAGAAGUCAACCUGCUGCCUGAUAACCUGCUCAGCCAGCCGUCUGUCAGACUGGUUCAGAAGUGGUACAUGCAGAGUUUUGUGGAGCUUCUGGAUUACGAGAACCGAAAGCCGGAGGAUCCUCUCGCUCUGAAUGAUUUCCUGGAGCUCUUGAUUGAAAUCCGUAACCGUCACAAUGACGUGGUCCCCACCAUGGCACAGGGAGUCGUCGAGUACAAGGAGAGGUUUGGCUUCGACCCCUUCGUCAGCAGCAACAUCCAGUAUUUCCUGGACCGCUUUUAUACCAACCGCAUCUCUUUCCGCAUGCUCAUCAACCAGCACACUCUCCUGUUUGGAAAUGACACCAACCCUGCUCAUCCGAAACACAUUGGCAGCAUAGAUCCUACCUGCAGUGUGGCUGAAGUCGUCAGUGAUGCCUAUGACACAGCAAAAAUGCUGUGUGAGAAGUAUUACUUGGCUGCUCCUGAGCUCAAAAUUGAAGAGUUCAACACUGUAGCGCCAUGUACUCUGCAACAGGCUCUGUUUACAGAGAAGGCCCCUAAAAGGCCCAUCCAGGUGGUGUAUGUGCCGUCUCAUCUGUUCCACAUGCUCUUUGAGCUGUUUAAGAACUCGAUGAGAGCCACCGUGGAGCUCCACGAGGACAGUAAAGAGGGAUUACCACCCAUAAAGGCAAAAGUCACUCUGGGUACAGAGGAUCUUUCCAUAAAGAUCAGUGACAGAGGAGGAGGAGUUCCCCUGAGGAAGAUAGACCGUCUGUUUAACUACAUGUACUCCACUGCCCCGACACCAAGCCUGGAGCCGGGAGCCGUCCCCCUGGCUGGUUUUGGCUACGGUUUACCAAUUUCAAGGCUCUAUGCCCGAUACUUCCAAGGGGAUCUGAAGCUCUACUCCAUGGAGGGCGUUGGCACGGAUGCAGUCAUCUAUCUGAAGGCCUUGUCCAGUGAGUCCUUUGAGCGCCUGCCAGUCUUCAACAAGUCAGCGUGGCGGCACUACAAGACCAGCCCCGAGGCGGACGACUGGAGUAACCCCAGCAAAGAGCCACGUGAUGCCAGCAAGUCCAAAUACAAAGCCAAUAGAUAACUCCACCCCUCCUGCUAGCCCCACCCUCUGCUGGGAGUCCGUAUGCCUGCGCUCUGCCUAUAGAGAAUAUAGGAUGAGGUAUUGCCUUUGGGUAAAAGUUUGGUUUUGGCUCAGCUUGCCUUCAUUCCAGUAAUAAAUGAAUGACCUUGAUUUUACGUCUGUACCCAGUGGCAAUGACCUUCAUCAGAGAAGCUGUUUUUUUGUUGCUGUGGCAGAACCACUAGCUCCCCUGUAAUGGACUUUAAAAUGGAACUUUCCCAAAUUAUGGAUCCACACUGUUUUAAUCCCACAAUAAUUAUUAUUAUUAUUAUUAUUAUUAUUUAUAAAUGUGGUUAGACUCUGUGGCUGUUACUGCAGCCUGAAUUCACCGGAUCACUGUUAUUUUUCCCUCUGCCUCCCACAAAGCCCGCUCUGCUGACGCGGGAGCGACUGCUCCUUUUGGCUCGAUGAGCCGCGAUGGAGUUUUCUCUCCCGCCAUCGGUGAAGGCCUGUAUUCUGUUUCUCCUCCGGUCAAGUUUCAGUGCGUCCGGUAAAAGGAGGGAGAUUUAAUUUCACACAUUUGACUCGACGCACAAUUAGGCCAGUGUGUCAUUAGCACUGUAUUUUAUUUAAAGAAGAAAAAAAAUGAUACUGAAAAUAGGAGUACACCUUAUUUGAGAAUUUCUAUUUCAUUUCACAGAGACUCAGAGAUUGUUUUAUAGGAUAAAUAAUAUAAAUGAGGUAUUUCUGUUUAUCUUUGACCAACUCCCUACAUUUGUGCUUGCAAGUGAGCUCUGCACCCUUGUUUAACCCCCGCUAAAGGACCAACAGCCCCUCUGUAGGAUGCUUAUUAAACACCACCAUGCCAGCUUUGACUGUCGAGUAGCUUUAUCCACACCAGCGUGAUGAAUUGAACGACUGAGACAUAGACCUGAUGCAUCUCACAAGGACUUUAAAAAAAUAAAGUGGGAUGACGUCAUCAUAACUCUCCUCCCUGUAAACAUUUCAGAUCUGUCAUGGUGGGAAACGCACUACUGGAGCUCAGACUUUUCACGCUAACCAUGCUUCAUGGGCUCAGCCUUGUAUUUCACACGUUUGUAUUACUAAUCCUUGUGGUUUUUAUGAAUGAGUUUGAACAAAGCCUUUUGAAAAUGUACCUUUUGUUUAAUAGUCAGGGUAGAAAAUGAUUUAGAAGAUGCCGAGAGAAUGGAUUGGUGACAGGUUUUUAAUUUAUUAUGCGCACUUAUUUUCUCUUGCUCUGUAUCUCUAAUAUUGGAACAGGCUUACUAUUUUUUUAAUAUAUAUAAUUUAUUCCUUUUUUUUAGUCAGUACUUUUUAAUUAUCCGUGAACAUCUUUGUAUUUUUUUUGUUUAACGUUAUGAUUAGCAGCUCUGAACUUUUAAAAGAUGUGGGUUUCCAGCCAGUGAACCGUAUGUGGGUACUGAAGCAUCGCGUUAUUACCAUCUAGUUUAAUAUGUCACAAGAAUCAUGUUCAGGAACUCUGUUACUGCACUUUACUAGAUCUAAUAUAUUCCUUGAAAUGAUUUGAAUACAAAACAAUCCAGCCUUGUAUCAAGAUUUUAUUAUGACUGAAUUCCAAUUAGUAAUCAGUUGCCGGGUGAGCGGUUACUCUAUUGAAAAAAGAACAAACCAAAUUCAGCCUGUUCAUUUUAAUCCAGACAGUUUCACCGAUCUGAAGUAAUUUCCCCCUUUUUCCAUCUCCCUCAGCUCCAUCUGACGGGAAAAGGGUUUAGAUGGAAGAAAGUCUGAGAGACGCUUCAGUGUGGACUGUCUCCUCAUUCUCUAGGUUCCUCGCUUUUCGGCCACACUGUACGAUUUCAUCACUGCCAAUGCCUUUGUAACCUGCCAGUCUCACUGAGAGAUGCUCGGUGACAAACCUGCUAAAGGACCUGCUGUGUGAUAGGAUAGAGACGACGGCCCUCUUCCUUUUAGUCCCAAUCAACAGGAUCUUCCACCUCCUGUACUUAAACUGUCUCUGUACCUUUUUAGAAAACAUUUAUGAAUAGUAUGUACGCUGUAAAUGCAGCCAGUGUGGAUUGAGCACUCCAUUUGUCAUCUUACUGUAACUCCAGCUUACAACAUUAUAGGUUUGUGCGUGAACUCCUCGCUGUCCUGGAAACGUAUGCAAAUACUGCAACGUGAACACACACUGAACAAAGGAUAGUGCAGUUCAUCUGACUCAGCAUGAAACCAGCGUACAGUACCUUCUGUCAACACCUGACAAAUAAAGACAAUUGCUGUUAAGUGAAA